UCGUCAUCACUGACACUGCUGGCGAGUCUCCCUCCUCCCGCUGACCGCCGAAUGAGCCGCACGGACAGGAUGCACGCUUGUUGAGGAGGACCUUAACGACAUAACCGUCGGUUGUGAGGAGAGAGCGAGAGAGAGGAAAGAGAGACAACCGUUUUUUUUUUUGCUUCGCUGCUCGAGCGCUCGCCUCCAGUGGCGGCGCGGAGGGGGGGACUUUGCCAUGGUCCGGCCCGGGGACAUCUUUGUUGCUCUGCUCCUUGUGGGCUGUGCGGUUUCGAUGGAUGUGCAGAUCACACCCAGUCACGGUGAAAUUAGUCUCGGGGAGUCCAAAUUCUUCAUGUGUGAAGUUAUCGGUGCGGCUAAGCACAUAGACUGGUUCGGACCGAGCGGGGACCGUAUAGAAGCCAACAGACCCGACGUCAUCGUGACACGAAACGAUGAGUCGUCUUCCACGCUCACGCUGUACAGGGCUGGGACAGACAACGCCGGGACAUACAAGUGUGUCGCCACCAAUGGAGAUCAGCAAGGGGAGUCAACAGUUAACGUCAAAAUAUUCCAGAGAAUUACCUUCACAAAUGCGCCAUCGCCUCAAGAGUACACCGAAGGAGACGCCGCCAUCAUCGUGUGUGAUGUCAUUAGCUCACCUCCACCGACCGUCCUCUGGAAGUACAAAGGAGCAAAAAUACAGUUGGAAAAAGAUGUUCGUUUUAGGGUGCUGAGCAACAACCACCUUCAAAUCCGCGGCAUAAAAAAGACCGACGAGGGCUCGUACACCUGCGAAGGACGCUUGAUGGCCCGCGGCGAGAUUGAUCUACGGGUUAUCAAGGUCAUCGUGAACGUGCUCCCGACUAUCCGAGUGUGGCAGUCAGAGGUGAAUGCCACCGCAGAUGUGGGCCAAUCUGCCAUGUUGACUUGUGCGGUUGAUGGCUAUCCUGAACCCAUGGUGACCUGGACAAGAAACCAAAUGGUUCUUGAGGCGGGGGAGAAGUACAGCUUCAACGAGGACGGCUCAGAAAUGUCCAUCAUGGAUGUCACCAAGCUGGAUGAGGGCGAGUACACCUGCAUCGCCAGAAACAAAGCCGGUGAAACUGAACAGGAACUCAGUCUGAGAGUAUUUGCGAAACCUAAGAUCACCUACAUAGUGAACCAAAGCACCUCCGAAAUGGAGGAGCAAGUGACUCUAACUUGCGAGGCUUCGGGCGAUCCCACACCCACCAUCAGCUGGAGUUAUGGUGACCGCGUCUUUACCGACGGCGAGCAGGCACACCUAAACAGGAUCUAUCAGGCGUCAUGGACUCGUCCCGAGCAGCACAAGAGUCAGGAUGGAAACGUGGUGGUGAGGAGCGACGCCCGAGUCUCCUCGCUCACACUAAAGUACGUCAAGUACACCGACGCCGGACAGUACCUGUGCUCAGCUCGCAGUGCCAUCGGGGAGGACGACAAGACAGCACAGCUGGAGGUCCGCUAUACCCCUAAGCUCCACGGUGACGUAGCGGUGUACACCUGGGAGGGAAAUGGCGUAAACAUCAGCUGCACGGUGCAGGCUCACCCCAGCCAAGUCACCAUCGCCUGGCUGAGAGACGGACUGAUGCUGCCGAACGAGAACACCAGCAAUAUUAAAAUCUUCAGGUCCCCGUCAGCAAGCUACCUUCAGGUGACACCGCUGUCUGAGAAUGACUUUGGGAGUUAUAACUGCACUGCUUCUAAUGAGAUGGGCACAGAGUCCAAAGAGUUCCUCCUCAUUCAAGCUGAGGUGCCAUCCUCGCCAUUUGUCAACGAGGUGACCCCUUUUUCCACCACUGCACUCGUCCAGUUUGAGGAGCCCGAGUCUACUGGAGGUGUUCCUGUGUUGAUGUACAAAGCUGCGUGGAGGAUGCAAGGCAGGGGCAGCUGGUCGCAGAAGAUCUACGACCUUAAAGAUGGUGUCAUCAGCGAGGUGACCAUCACAUACCUGAAACCGGAGACCGACUACGAAGUGAAGAUGUCGGCCAUCAAUGGCAAAGGUGAAGGUGAAAGCUGCCCUGCCGAGUCCUUCAAGACGCUGCCAGUCCGGAUUCCCAAUCCUCCCAAGCUGGAAGCAGCGCUUCAGCCGAUAGGUAAUUCCUUGAAAGUCAGCUGGAUCAAGCAGGACGACGGUGGACUGCCCAUCUACCAUUACCUCAUCCGCUACAAACCAAUUCAGUCGACGCAGUGGAAACCGGAAAUCCGGAUGCCCAACGACAGCGACUAUGUGGUUCUAAGGGGACUGGAGUGGGACACGGAGUACAACGUCAACGUGGUGGCAGAGAACCAGAAGGGCAAGUCGCCGCCGGCGAGCAUGUCCGUCAAGACGUCCACUCAGCCAGCAGUCAUCCCAGACUUGGAUGAGGACGCGAGGUUUCCCGUGGGCAUCGUGCUGUGGGCGGGGAUCCUGGUGGUGGCGUUUGUGCUCCUGCUUCUGGCCGUAGACGUGACCUGCUACUUUGUCAACAAAUGCGGCCUCAUCAUGUGCCUGUGUGGCAAGUCGGGCUCCGGGACCAAAGGCAAAGACUUGGAGGAGGGAAAGGCCGCCUUCAUGAAAGAUGAAUCCAAAGAGCCCAUAGUGGAAGUCAGAACAGAGGACGAGUGCACUGCCAAUCACAACGCAGCAGGACCAACAGAACCAAAUGAAACCACACCCCUGACAGAACCAGAGCUGGCGGCUUUCACCGCUGCUCUGGCACUGGACACGCUCUCCUCCAUAGCCACCAACUCCGACACGGCCACUGCCACCAAUGACCCCACCCAGGACAGCCCCUCUAGCGAGACCACCACCCUAACGUAUAGCCUGUCCACCCCGGCCAACGACCCCUCGCCCACGCCCAUCUCGGCACCGGCGCCGAGCCCGGAGAUGAGCGCGGCGCCACCGACUCCCCCCGUCUCCAGGUCCGCCGUCGAGGCCAAGAUUGCGCCGUUAGUCGAGCAGAGACGAAGCGAGUGGCCAGGGGAGGAGGAGGAGGAGGAGAAGACCGAGCCUCCUCCGAGCACCCCAGAAUGGACUAAAGCUCAAAAAUCCGGCACACCUAUACCGCCGAAGCGUAGACACUCUCCUAAACUUGCCGCCCUGAAAGCUAAAGGUAGUCCUCCUGUAUCGCCACUGGCUGUGUCACCGUCACCUUUCACUCCAGACAAGAAACCUGCUCCUAGUCCGCCCGUUUCAGCAGAGCAAAGUGGUCCUUCCCCUGAUUCAAACCUGAGCGGGUGUGGCCUCGCUGCCUUUGACAAGCCUGUUCAUAAUGCUGCCCCCACACCGCCUUCAGCCAUCCGUAGUGCUCCUAAAGCACCGGAUGCUGAAACGUCCUCCCCUCUCCUUGAAAAUGUGUCCUCUCCCUUGUCCCCCCUGCCUGCCAGUGACCUCCCCGCAUCACCGCCAGACAUGUACGACUUCCUGGCCCACGACACGGGCCUCAAAAACGCGGGUUUCGACUUAGAGCUGAGUAACGGGACCGAGCGACCCUCGGAGAUCCCCGCCGACCUCAUUAGCUUAGAGAGCCCGCCCUCUGCCCCCUUCCUGCCCAAUGGCGACGGAGCGGACCUCCCCCUUUCAGGCCCAGUUCUGGAUGCAUCAGAGACUUUGGCCAAGACCGGUCCUCCUGUCAACGAUGAGAAGAUUUUUUCAGACGGGAAAGGCAAACUGGAGGAAGAAUUAUCAAACGCCCUCACUGAGAUGGCGGCGGAGCAACACAACAGUGUGAUACAGACAAAAGGCACGCAGAGCAAAGCCUGAUGAGCUCGGCUAAAACUUCCAACGUCCAAAACAUUUUUGUUGCGGCGACGGGGUUGUUUCAUUUCCAGUGCCCUUAAGUACACACACACGCACACACACACACACACACACUCUUGUAUUUCUGACCUUCUUGAGACCUCUGAAAAAUGCCUACCUCUUUAGGACCACCCUUUCUAGAUAUAUAAAGAUGUGUAUUUACAACAUUAAUAAUAUAUAUAUACUAUGCAAAUAUAAAAAAAGCUUGUUGUGAAAAAUUAGUUGGAAUUUCACAAGAAAAAGGUAACAAUUUCACAAGAAAAACUGAACUUUUGUGCAAUAUUAUGAUAAAAGUUGUAAUUUUACUCAAUAACAGUCGCAAUAUUACAAGAAAAGCUUAGAAUUUUGGCGAUUUUAUGAAAAGAGUCGUAAAUAAUACUUCGACAAAUGUCACAUUAGAAGAAAACUUUAAAAUGUUGGCAGUAUUAUGAUAACAAUCCAAAUUUUACUUGGCAAAAUUAUGACAAAAGUCAUAAUUUACAAGAAUAACAAAAAAAAAUUGGCAAUAUUGUGAUAAAAGUCUGAAUUUUAUAGGACAAAUGGCGCCAUUUUGCAUUAAAAAGUAAGAAUUAUACAGAAAAAAGUAAAUUUUUACAAGAAAAUAAUGCAAUAUUACAGAAACAGAGAUACAUUUUUCCCAAUUUUAUAAGAAAGAAGUCGACACAUUGUGAGAAAAAGACUGCUUUUAGUUUAUUUUUUGUUUUUUUUGUUAGUAAUUGUUUUUUAAUCUUCAUAAUUUACUUCAAAUUAUUACAGUAUGUAUCUAUAUACAUAUUUAUUUUUUUCAUUGUUUUAUUUCAAUUUCUUCCACACACUUGUUAUUUCAUAUGUUGACCAGAGGGAGAGCACUUUUAAAAGUGACCCAGUCAAUUUGAAAUAUCCCUCCUUUUUGGGACCACCCUCAUUUUGAUAGAUUUCACCACCAGGGGUGCAAAUGAGACAUUCUCUAUUAGAUGCAAUGUUAUUAGGACCAUGAUUUAUGUCAUCACUUGUUCACACCUCCUCAUAUGGAAGAUACGUUUCCCUGUUGAUGUCUCAAGAAGGGUAGAAAUACAAGAACACACACACACACACAUACACACUUGUAUUUGUUACCUUCUUGAGACCUCCGAAAAAUGCCUACCUCUUUAGGACCACCCUUUCUAGAUAUAUAAAUAUGUGUAUUUACAACAUUAAUAAUAAAUACAUACUAUGUAAAUAUAAAAAAGCUUGUUGUGAAAAAUUGGUUGGAAUUUCACGAGAAAAAGGUCACAAUUUCACAAGAAAAACAUAGAAUUUUGGCAGUGUUAUAAUAAAAGUCGUAAUUUUACUCAACGCAAGUCAAAAUUGUACAAGAAAAAGUGAACAUUUGUGCAAUAUUAUGAUGAAAGUUGGAAUUUUGCUCAAUAACAGUCGCAAUAUUACAAGUAAAGCUUAGAAUUUUUGGCGAUUUUAUGAAAAGAGUCGUAAUAAUACUCGACAAAAGUGACAAUUUUAUAAGAAGACUUAAAAAUGUUGGCAAUAUUAUAAUAAUAAUCCAAAUUUUACUUGACAAAAUUAUGACAAAUGUCAUAAUUUUACUCCAAAAAUGUCACUAUUUUACAAGAACAACAAAAGAAUUGGCAAUAUUGUGAUAAAAUUCAGAAUUGUAUAUGACAAAUGUUGCCAUUUUGCAUUAAAAAGUAAGAAUUAUACAUUAAAAAGUCAUAAUUUUACGAGGAAAUAUUGCAAUAUUACAGAAACAGAAAGAAAAUGAGAAAUUGUUCCCAAUUUUAUAAGAAAAAAGUUGACAAAUUGUGGGAAAAAGACUGCUUUUAGUUUAUUUUUUUAUCUUUUUUAAUUGUUUUUUAAUCUUCAUUAUUUACUUCAAGUUAUUACAGUAUGUCUCUAUAUAAAUAUUUAUUUUUUUCAUUGUUUUAUUUCAAUUCCUUACACACACUUGUUAUUUCAUAUGUUGACCAGAGGGGGAGCACUUCAAAUUUUUCCACACACUUGUUAUUUCAUAUGUUGACCAACGGGGGAGCACUUUUAAAACUGACACACAGUCAAUUUGAAAAAUCCCUCCUUUUUGGGACCACCCUCAUUUUGACAGAUUUCACCAGCAGUGGUGCAAAUGAGACAUUCUCUAUUAGAUGCAAUGUUAUUAGGACCAUGAUUUAUGUCAUCACUUGUUCACACCUCCUCAUAUGGAAGCUACUUUUCCUUCUUGAUGUCUCAAGAAGGGUUGAAAUACAACACACACACACACACGCUCACACACACACACACACACACACACACACACACACACACACACACACACACACACACACUUGCAUUUCUUACCUUCUUGAGACCUCUGAAAAAUGCUUACAUCUUUAGGACCACCCUUUCUAGAUAUAUAAAGAUGUGUAUUUACAACAUUAAUAAUAAAUACAUACUAUGCAAAUAUAAAAAAGCUUGUUGUGAAAAAUGAGUUGGAAUUUCACAAGAAAAAGUUCACAAUUUCACAAGAAAAACUUUUGGCAGUUUUUAUAAUUAAAAGUCGUCAUUUUACUCAACGCAAGUCAAGAUUGUACAAGAAAAAGUGAACAUUUGUGCAAUAUUAUGAUGAAAGUUGGAAUUUUGCUCAAUAACAGUCGCAAUAUUACAAGAAAAGCUUAGAAUUUUUGGCGAUUUUAUGAAAAGAGUCGUAAUAAUACUCGACAAAAGUGACAAUUUUAUAAGAAGACUUAAAAAUGUUGGCAAUAUUAUAAUAAUAAUCCAAAUUUUACUUGACAAAAUUAUGACAAAAGUCAUAAUUUUACUCCACAAAUGUCACUAUUUUACAAGAACAACAAAAAAAUUGGCAAUAUUGUGAUAAAAUUCAGAAUUGUAUAUGACAAAUGUUGCCAUUUUGCAUUAAAAAGUAAGAAUUAUACAUUAAAAAGUCAUAAUUUUAUGAGGAAAUAUUGCAAUAUUACAGAAACAGAAAGAAUAUGAGAAACUGUUCCCAAUUUUAUCAGAAAAAAGUCGACACAUUGUGAGAAAAAGACUGCUUUUAGUUAAUUUUUUUUAUUGUUUUUUAAUCUUCAUUAUUUACUUCAAGUUAUUACAGUAUGUCUCUAUAAAAAUAUUUAUUUUUUUCAUUGUUUUAUUUCAAUUUCUUACACACACUUGUUAUUUCAUAUGUUGACCAGAGGGGGAGCACUUCAAAUUUUUCCACACACUUGUUAUUUCAUAUGUUAACCAUUUAUUUUUUUGCAUUGUUUUAUUUCAAUUUCUUACACACACUUGUUAUUUCAUAUGUUGACCAGAGGUGGAGCACUUCAAAUUUUUCCACACACUUGUUAUUUCAUAUGUUAACCAGAGGGUUAACAUAUUUCUGGUUAACAUAUGAAAUAACAAGUGUGUGGAAAAAUUUGAAGUCCUCCACCUCUGGUCAACAUAUGAAAUAACAAGUGUGUGUGUAAGGAAUUUAAAUAAAACACUUUUAAAAGCGACACAGUCAAUUUGAAAAAUCCCUCCUUGUUGGGACCACCCUCAUUUUGAUAGAAUUUUUGAGACAUUCUCUAUUAGAUGCAAUGUUAUUGGGACCACGAUUUAUGUCAUCACUUGUUCACACCUCCUCAUAUGGAAGCUACUUUUCCUUGUUGAUGUCUCAAGAAGGGUAGAAAUACAAGAACACACACACACACACACUUGUCUGGCACGCACUUUGACUUUACACCCGGGAACUCAAAAUGUGUUUUAUUUUUUUAAUUUGUUAUUUUAUUUAACUGGUCGAGAUGAUCAAGAACUGAAAGAAAAAGAUGUGGAAAAUAUUAGAAAGGUGACUUUGACCACAUGUGCAGUCAGUCUCACACAAGCAUUACAUUGUCAUUACAAACGUGAACAAAUAAUUACCGUAAAUGAUCUUUUGAUAGCCCUUUAUUUAAGACCGACUGGGAAGAGGGUUUUAAUCCGGAGAAAAUAAAGUAAAGUUGUACAAAUACCUUGAACAAUGGUUUGGAGUGCAUGAGAAAGUAGACAAGAGACAAAUAUAUUGUAUGAUACGACCAAUGUUAAUGUUCAAACUGCUUAGUCAGCAAUAAUACCGCUGAGUCAUAGGUAAAGUGUUCAUGAAUUGGACAGAAACAGCUGAGGAGCAACAGUUUUAAGAUAAUUACAAACCCCGUUUCCAUAUGAGUUGGGAAAUUGUGUUAGAUGUAAAUAUAAACGGAAUA